AUGGAGCACAUCCGCACGACCAAGGUUGAGCAAGUGAAAUUACUUGACAGAUUCAGUACCAACAACAAGUCAUUAACAGGAACACUAUAUCUUACGGCCACACAUCUAUUAUUUAUAGAUUCUCAGCAGAAAGAAACCUGGAUUUUGCAUCAUCAUAUUGGCUCAGUGGAGAAACUGGCUUUGACGACUUCUGGAUGCCCACUUGUCAUUCAGUGCAAGAACUUCAGGAUUGUGCAUUUCAUUGUUCCCCGAGAAAGAGAUUGCCAUGAUAUUUACAACUCUUUGCUACAACUGUCAAAACAAGCAAAAUACGAAGAUCUCUAUGCGUUCUCUUAUAACCCCAAACAAAAUGAUUCUGAACGACUGCGUGGUUGGGAGCUUAUUGACCUUGCUGAGGAAUAUAAGAGAAUGGGUGUGCCAAAUUCAAACUGGCAGUUGUCUGAUGCCAACCGAGAAUACAAGAUUUGUGAAACUUAUCCAAGAGAACUUUAUGUUCCCCGAAUAGCAAGCAAACCAAUAAUUGUUGGUAGUUCUAAGUUCCGGAGCAAGGGAAGAUUUCCAGUUCUUUCCUACUAUCAUCAAAAUAAGGAGGCUGCCAUUUGUCGAUGUAGUCAACCACUGUCGGGAUUCAGUGCCAGGUGUCUGGAAGAUGAACAUUUGCUUCAAGCCAUUAGUAAAGCCAAUCCAGCCAAUCGCUAUAUGUAUGUCGUGGAUACCAGGCCUAAACUGAAUGCAAUAGCCAACAGAGCAGCUGGAAAAGGUUAUGAAAAUGAAGACAAUUAUUCUAAUAUUAGAUUUCAAUUUGUUGGAAUUGAAAAUAUUCAUGUCAUGCGGUCCAGCCUUCAGAAGUUAUUGGAAGUUAAUGGUACCAAAGGGCUUUCUGUCAAUGAUUUCUACUCUGGUUUGGAGAGCUCAGGAUGGCUUCGCCAUAUCAAAGCUGUCAUGGAUGCUGCAAUCUUCUUAGCCAAAGCAAUAAUGGUGGAAAAUGCAAGUGUGUUGGUUCAUUGUUCUGAUGGCUGGGAUAGAACUUCCCAGGUUUGUUCUCUUGGCUCUCUUUUAUUGGAUUCCUACUACAGAACAGUCAAAGGAUUCAUGGUUUUAAUAGAAAAAGAUUGGAUCUCCUUUGGACAUAAAUUUUCAGAGAGGUGUGGCCAUUUGGAUGGAGACCCAAAGGAAGUUUCGCCGGUGUUUACUCAGUUCUUGGAAUGUGUGUGGCAUUUGACUGAACAGUUUCCACAAGACUUUGAAUUCAAUGAAGCGUUUCUUCUUCAGAUUCAUGAACAUAUUCAUUCAUGCCAAUUUGGAAACUUCCUUGGAAAUUGUCAGAAGGAAAGAGAAGAACUCAAGUUAAAGGAGAAGACUUACUCCCUGUGGCCAUUUCUUCUGGAUGACCAAAAGAAGUACUUAAAUCCACUCUACAGUUCCAACUCUCAGCAGUUUGCUGUUUUAGAGCCAAAUACAGCAUCUUUCAAUUUUAAGUUUUGGAGAAACAUGUACCACCAAUUUGAUCGAACAUUGCAUCCCAGGGAGUCGGUGUGCAACAUAAUUAUGAAUAUGAAUGAACAAAAUAAACAGUUAGAGAAAGACAUUCAAGACUUAGAAUCUAAAAUUAAUAAACGCAAAAAUGAGCAAAUAGAUGGAGUUCUCACCAAGGAAUUGUUACAUCCAGUUCAUCCUGAAUCACCUAUCAUCAAAACCUCCCUAAGUUUUAAGGAGCAGACUCUAUUACCUGUGAAUGAUACUCUUCGAACUAUAGAGGGCAGCAACCCAGCGGAUAAUCGUUACAGUGAAUACGCAGAGGAGUUUUCCAAAUCCGAACCUGCUGUGGUCAGCUUAGAGUAUGGUGUGGCAAGAAUGACUUGUUAG